UAUGGUCAAGAACUUCACAGGAGCCUGUUUGUGGUGUUGCUUAUUACAGAUGCAGAUAUGUAGAGGAGCUUUUAUAUGAUAUUACUUCACCUGUCUCUAAUAUUUAUUCUCUUAAUUCUGCUAAUGAUUUACUGUGGGUUUCUAUGUUGUCGUUCUGCUUUGGGUGUGAUGUUUUGGAGAUUACUUCCUCCCAUUAACAGGAGGUCUUCUUUACCAUUCUGGCCAGCAUUCAGAGAUGCGUCGCUUUUAAUAAAGAUUAAAUAAAGGAGUUUCCAUGUGUCUAGUUCGUGUGAUCACACAGGGAGAGUCGAGUUCCCGUUUACUCGUCAUUUCAGCGCAGUGAGCGUCAGCUAACGGAAAUAGUUUUGAGGGCAUCAGCGUUGAUUUACAGGUGUGUGAAUUUUUGCAGGUGUUCUCCAUGUGUUUGAAUGAUACAGAUGUUGUUCUGCAGGUGUUUGAAUGUUACAGAUGUUGUUCUGCAGGUGCACACUUAGAAAGUCUCACGGGUAGAUCCCCCCUGGAUAUGCCCGUGUACAUUUGCCGGUUACUGGUGAUUCCAGCAGGUGGCGCUCUGAUCAUGAACAUCUGUAAGAAGCCGCAGCAGAAGGAGAACUCAGACGCCGGGGUGCUAUUCAUCUGUUUAUGAAAAUAUUAAUGUUAAUACCACAAAUCAGGAAGGAUUUAGAAUAAAUUGUGUGUGUUUCAGCAUGUUUAGGAGCCUCCACUUUAAAACCUGAAGAAUCACAGCCAUUUAGACCUCACAAGAAGCACAAGAAGACCUUCUAAUGGACUCAUCAGAGGUCUGAGUGUUCUCCUCCAAUAGUCUUCAACCAUUUCUUGCUCCUGUUCAAUUCCAGCUUUGUGGAGAAACGUGUACAGAUUCAGGUGGUAGAACUUCAGGCUCUGUGGGACCCAUCUUCCCCAUGGACCAUCAGAGACAUGCAAAAAAGGAAGAACCUGAAGAGGAAGGCUACAUCUGUGUGGCAGUGGGAUGCAUCACACCUGAGGACCACCACAUACAUGUCAAAAAGGAAGAACCGGGGGGUGAAGACUACCUCUGUAAGACCCCUGAAGAUCAGAGUGGGAUUUCAGGUGAAGGAACACCAAGUUUGGUGGAAAACGUCGGUCUGGAGAGCAGAGGGUUUCAAAUGAAGUAUGUGAAGAAGGAAGAGUCUGAAGAUGAAGAUUACUUCUGUACCACUACAGUCUGUGAAAUCGACAAUGCCCAGUUACAAGUCUUCACCUGCUCCUGGUGUUCACUUUCCUAUACAUCUCAAAUGUACCUCCACAAGCACGUCCAAAGACACCACUAUGAGGAAUACGAACAACUGGUCCAAUCUGGAGAGAUACAAGAUGAGACGGGGAGAAUCUCCGGAGUUGAGGGAUCUCUUCGCAGGAAUGCGUGCGAUCAACAAACGCAGAGAGACGUCUAUCCCUGCUCGGAGUGCGGGAGGAGUUUCAGCGAUCAGAGCAACCUGCGACGCCACCAGCGCAUCCACACGGGAGAGAAGCCGCAUCACUGCUCACAGUGCGGAAAGAGUUUCGUCCGACACAGCGACCUCCAGAUACACCGGCGUGGCCACACGGGGGAGAAGCCGUACCGCUGCUCGGACUGUGGCAAGAGUUUUACCACCAAGGGCAAUCUCCAGAUCCAUUACUUGGUCCAUACGGGGGAGAAACCGUACCGCUGUCCAGAGUGUGGAAAGAGUUUCGCUCAGCAGGGAAACCUUCAGAGACACCAGCGCAUUCACAACGGGGAGAAACCGUACCACUGCUCACAGUGUGGCAAGAGUUUUAACCAGCAAAGCACUCUCAAAGCGCACCAGUUCAUUCACACGGGACAGAAGCCGCAUCACUGCUCACAGUGUGGCAAGAGUUUUAACCAGCAAAGCACUCUCAAAGCGCACCAGUUCAUUCACACGGGACAGAAGCCGCAUCACUGCUCACAGUGUGGCAAGAGUUUUACCACCAAGCGCCAUCUCUUCCAACACCAGUGCCUUCAUGUAGCUGGGAAAACGUUUCGGUGUGUACAAUGUGGACGAACAUUUACUAAUUCGGGGGCAUUCGACCUACACAAGUGUUCCAACACAGAGUCACUUUAUGGGGACGUCUGGAUGGAAACCUGUAUGGCUUCAGGAGGAGGAACUUUAGGCAGUAAAGGACACGUCACACCUGUGGACCAAUGUGUAAAAAAGGAAGAACCUAAAUAUGAAGGCUAUCUCUCAGUGAUACAGCUGAGAAACCUUCCACAUCCUCCUGCUUCUACAGACUCCCAGCAUUGUGGGGGAAAAUAUACAGCUGGAGCUUAUGGAGGAACAUCUGAAUCUGAAGAGCACAUCACCUUUGUAAACCUUCAAAUACACGUUAAAAAGGAAGAGACUGUAGAUGAGGAAUUCCCCUGUGACGCCACACCAGUCUCUGUGGGACACAUCACACCCAUGGACCAACAGUAUUAUGUGAAAAAGGAAGAACCUGACGACUAUCUCUGUGAUGAAACAUCAAACACUGUAGAAGAUGUAGACAACCAAUAUGGAGGAUUUGAAAGGAAACAUGUGAAAGAGGAGGAGUCUGAAGAUGAAGGCUACCUCUGUACAAGUACAGACUGGGACAUGAACCAUGGAAUCUUCUACUGCUCCUGGUGUUCAUUUUUCUAUACAUCUCAAAUUUCCCUCCACAAACACAUCCAAAGGCACCACUAUGAGGAAUAUGAGAGACUCAUGAAAUUAGGGGAGAUAAAAAAUGAGACUGUCAUGACCACAACAAGCUCCAGCAUUCAGCAAUCCACCUCUAAUAUACUUGGCACUAACAUGCCUAAUAAACAGAUGCAGGAAGAGGUCUAUCCCUGCUCCCAGUGUGGAAAGAGUUUUACUGACCUGCGUUAUCUCAGACGACACCAAAAGAUUCACAAAGGAGAGAAGAAGUAUCAGUGCUUGGAGUGUGGCAAGAGUUUUACCCAACACUACAAUCUCCAAGUACACCAGCGUACACACAACGGAGAAAAUCCCUAUCGCUGCUCAGAGUGCAAGAAAAGUUUUAUACGGAAAAGUGAUCUCCAACUCCACGAGCGCAUUCACACCGGAGAGAAGCCAUACCGCUGCUCAGAGUGUGGCAAGAGUUUUUCGAAACAGAGUAACCUUCAGAGACAUCAGCGCAUCCACUCGGGAGAAAAACCCUAUCAGUGCUCGUACUGUACGAAGAUGUUUAUAGAUAAAGGUAACCUCAACGUGCACCAGCGCAUUCACAGUAGGGACAAGUCGUACCGCUGCUCCCAGUGUGGAACGAGUUUUAAUCAACAGAGUCACCUCCGAGCGCACUUACAUGUUCACACGGGGGAAAAACCAUACCGCUGCUCCCAGUGUGGGAAGAUGUUUACCGGUAAACGCCAUCUCCGAGUUCAUCAGCGCAUUCACAACGGAGAAAAGCCGUAUCACUGCACACAGUGCGGCAAGAGUUUUAAUCAGCUCAACAACCUUCAAAGGCACUUGAACAUUCACACGGGGGAGAAGCCGUAUUCCUGCUCGCAGUGCGGCAAGAGUUUUAACCGCCAGUGCAAUCUCGAUCUGCACCUGCGCAUUCACUCGGGAGAGAAACCGUAUCACUGCUCAGAGUGCGGGAAGAGUUUUAAUCAACGCAGCCAUCUACAGCGACACCAACGCACUCACUCGGGAGAAAAGCUGUUUCAGUGCUCAUAUUGUCAGAAGAUGUUCAGAGAAAAAGGCAGUCUCACAAUACACCAGCGUGUUCACAGUGGAGAAAAGCCAUAUGGCUGUGCACAGUGUGGGAAGAGUUUUAAUCAACAGAGCCACCUGAAGAGACACCUGCAAGUCCACACGGGAGAGAAGCAGCAUCAGUGCUCACAGUGUGGGAAGGGUUUCACCCAGAAAAGUAGUCUUGAACAACACCAACAUGUUCACAUCUCAUAGAAACUGAUUUAUUUGUAUACCUUUAACAGCCAAUGGGCUCCUUUACCAGUCGCCUUUUCACGUGUCUGUACUUUACUGAAGUGUUUCCAUUUGGAGAGACUUUUACUGUAACUUCACUACAUUUCAAUGUCAAAUAUCUUUUUACUCAUCUACAUUUUGUGAAAUCGGUCGUUCCGUUCCGGUGC